AUGCUCAACUAUAACGAACCUAGAAAAUUUCGCAUUAAAUCACCAUGUUCAACAGCUAAUAUCGGUCCUGGUUUUGAUGUCUUGGGUAUUUCCCUAUCAUUAUACUUAACAAUUGAUGUUGAAAUACUACCUCCUAGCGAUAAAACACCUUCCUUUGUUAUGACUUAUUCAGGAGAAGGAGCGAAAGAUGUUCCUCUAACGGCCGAAAAGAACCUAAUCACUAAGACUGCAUUAUAUGUUCUUGCUGCUAACGGCAUUCAUACUUUACCUCAACCUCUCAAAAUCCAUGUAGAUAAUCCUAUCCCCCUGGGUCGUGGUUUAGGUUCUUCUGGUGCUGCUGUAGUGGGUGGUGUCCUGUUAGGUAACGCCCUUGGUCAGUUAAAUUUAGAUCGUGAUAGACUCCUCGAUUACUGUUUAAUGAUCGAAAGACAUCCUGAUAAUGUGGCAGCUGCCUUGAUGGGUGGUUUUGUUGCCUCUUAUUUGCGUGAGUUAAGUCCUGAACAGAUGAAAAAUGUACCUGCAUCCGAAACUUCUCUUUUAGAUAUCGCCGUUACUCAAAAGUCUGUUCCUCAACCUCCUGUAGGUAUUGGACAUUAUGUUAGAUUAGGUUGGAAUCCAGAUAUUAAAUGUAUCGCUAUUGUGCCUCAAUUUGAAGUCGCUACGGCAAAGGCAAGAGCUGUGUUACCUACACAAUAUGAAAGAAAGGAUAUGAUUUUCAACUUCCAAAGAUUAGCUGUGUUAACAACUGCAUUAAGUCAAGUUCCACCUAAUCCUGAAUUGAUUUAUAAUGCAAUGCAAGACAAAGUUCAUCAACCUUAUCGAAAGACAUUGAUUCCAGGACUUCCAGAGAUCUUGUCGACAAUUACUUAUCAAAAAUAUGAUGGACUUUUAGGUAUUUGUCUUUCUGGUGCAGGUCCUACUAUUUUAGCUUUAGCUACUAAAAAUUACGAUGAAAUUGCCAAGGCAGCUAUUGCAUUAUUCAAGCAACAUGGAAACUUUGAAUGCUUUUAUAAAGUUUUAGAUGUAGUUACAGAUGGUUCUACUUGUGUUGAUUUAUAA